AUGGAGAAUCCAAAUAUGCUCAAUGAGUUGACAAACUUGAAGAGGUUAUCGAAGACUUCAACUAGAGAUGUGGAACAAGAAGAAGAAGAAGCAAUGCCAGUGAGUCCGAUGGGGCAAUUCGUUAACAGCAAAUCAAUAUCCAUAUCGAUUGUAGCGGUCAUAGAAUCACAAGUCCCGAUUCAUGAUGUAGACGCCAUAGUUAAGCACGUCGAAGGCAUCCUGCCAACCAAUCCACGCUUCACAUCGGUUAUGGUGACGGGCAAUAAUGGUGUAAAAGAAUGGAAGAAAGUGAAAAUCAACAUCAUGGACCACGUAACCAUCCCUAUGUUUCGAGCUGGAGAGUCGCUGGAGUUCUACGAGGGCGAGUUCAACAAAUACUUAUCGAAGAUAUCCUUAGAGGAGUUACCGCGUGAAAGGCCAUUAUGGGAACUUCAUAUAAUCAUGUAUCCAACAAGGAGUGUAGCCGGUAAUGUGGUCUUCAAGCUUCAUCAUUCACUUGGUGAUGGAUUCUCUUUAAUGGGUGUUCUUCUUUCUUGUUUCAAAAGAGCUGAUAACCCUAAUUUGCCUCUCACCUUUCCAAGCAUUCGUGGAGAGGCGAAACCCGAUUUUCAUGACCAUAAACAAGGGAUUUUUAGUGGGAUGGGUAAGGGUUUUUCUCUAGUUUAUAAUACAAUCAUUGACUUUGGAUUUGGGCUUGUGAAGAGUAGUUUGGUCGAUGAUGGUCGGACUUCGUUGAGGUCGGGAGACUCUGGCGUUGAGUUCCAACCUAUCGACAUUUGUACUAUCAUUUUCGGUCUUGAUCAACUCAAACAAAUCAAGGCCAACCUUCAAGUGACGAUGAAUGAUGUGAUCAUGGGCAUAAUUUUCCUCGGCACGAGUCUAUACAUGAAAGAAAUUGGAGAAAAUCGCGGUAAAGACAGCUCCACCGCACUAUUGUUGCUCAACACCAGGAACAUUAAUAGUUAUAGCUCGGUUGAGGAAAUGGUGAAUCCCGACAAGGACAACAACACUAAAUGGGGAAACCAUUUUGGUUUCUUGCACGUGUCUCUUCCUCACUUAACCUCUUCCAACCCUCUCGAAUAUGUGUUCGAGGCUCACAGGAUUAUCAAGAGGAAGAGAAGCUCGGCGGUUGUUUUGCUCUCGGGUAAAUUUCUAGAACUAUUGAGGAAAUAUAGGGGGACAGAGGUGGCGGCAAGUUACCUUUACAAGACGAUCAAUAAUUCGACCAUGUCAAUCUCCAACUUGAUCGGACCGGUUGAACAAUGUAGCUUGGCGAAUCACCCAUGUCCCGGGAUGUACUUCAUGGUGGUCGGUACUCCUCAGAACCUUACCAUAACAAUGAUAAGUUACAUGGGGAAGAUGAGGAUUGCCGUGGGAACCAAGGGAAACCAUAUUAAUUCUCAAAAGUACAAGGCUUGCAUGGAAACAGCAUUUGAUAUCGUAUAUAAGACCGCCCUCCUAUGA